CGCUGGGAGCUCCUGUCACCGCUGGGGCCGGGCCGGGCCAGGCGGGGAGUGCAGGGGACGUGAGGGAGCAAGGGCCGGGACAUGGGGCCCGCCAGCCCCGCCGCUCGCGGUCUGGGCCGCCGCCGGGGCCUGCCGUCGCUGCCAGUCUUGCUGCUGCUUCUGCGCGCGCAGCUCGCCGUCGGGAGCCUGGCCGGUGGGAGUCCCGGCGCGGCCGAGGCCCCGGGGUCAGCCCAGGUGGCAGGACUAUGUGGGCGCCUAACCCUUCACCGGGACCUGCGCACAGGCCGCUGGGAGCCGGACCCACAGCUCUCUCGGCGUUGCCUCCGGGACCCGCAGCGCGCGCUCGAGUACUGCAGACAGAUGUAUCCGGAACUGCAGAUUGCACGUGUCGAGCAGGCUACCCAGGCCAUCCCCAUGGAGCGCUGGUGCGGGGGUGUGCGGAGUGGCCGCUGCGUCCAUCCCCACCACCAAGUCGUGCCUUUCCGCUGCCUGCCGGGUGAGUUUGUGAGCGAGGCCCUGCUGGUGCCCGAAGGCUGCCGGUUCUUGCACCAGGAACGCAUGGACCAGUGUGAGAGUUCCGCCCGGAGGCAUCAGGAGGCGCAGGAGGCUUGCAGCUCCCAAGGCCUCAUCCUGCAUGGCUCGGGCAUGCUUCUGCCCUGUGGCGCGGAUCGGUUCCGAGGUGUGGAGUAUGUGUGCUGUCCGCCUCCAGUGACCCCUGACCCAGCUGGGAUGGCAGAUGGUGACCCCUCCACCCGCUCCUGGCCCCCAGGGGGCAGAACUGAGGGAGGCGAGGAGGAGGAGGAAGAGGAGGACUCCUUCCCGCAGCUGGUAGAUGAUUACUUCGUGGAGCCACCACAGGCGGAAGAAGGGGACGAGGACGUGGUCUCACUGCCAAGCUCCCACGCCCCUGCAGUGGUCAGCAAAGUCACACCCACCCCAAGGCCCACGGAUGGAGUGGAUGUUUACUUUGGCAUGCCUGGGGAAAUCAGCGAGCACGAAGGCUUCCUGAGAGCCAAGAUGGACCUGGAGGAGCGAAGGAUGCGUCAGAUUAAUGAGGUGAUGCGUGAGUGGGCCAUGGCUGACAACCAGUCCAAGAAUCUGCCUAAAGCCGACAGGCAGGCACUGAACGAGCACUUCCAGUCCAUUCUGCAGACUUUGGAGGAGCAGGUAUCUGGGGAGCGACAGCGCCUGGUGGAGACCCAUGCCACCCGCGUCAUUGCCCUCAUCAAUGACCAGCGCCGGGCUGCCCUGGAAGGUUUCCUGGCAGCGCUGCAGGGGGAUCCGCCUCAGGCAGAGCGAGUCCUGUUGGCCCUACGGCGCUACCUGCGUGCUGAGCAGAAGGAGCAGAGGCACACGUUGCGGCACUACCAGCACGUAGCUGCCGUGGACCCUGAGAAGGCCCAGCAGAUGCGCUUCCAGGUGCAGACUCACCUUCAGGUGAUUGAGGAAAGGAUGAACCAGAGCCUGGGCCUGCUUGACCAGAACCCUCACCUGGCCCAGGAGCUACGGCCCCAGAUCCAGGAACUCCUCCACUCGGAACGCCUGGGUCCCACUGAAUUGGAAGCUGCCGCCCCCGGGAGCAGCAGUGAGGACCAGGGUGGACUGACGCCCCCAGAUCCCAAGGAUGCAGAUACCCUUGUGACUCUCCCAAAAGGGUCUGCAGAGCAAGAGACUGUAUCCCCUGGGAAAGAGAAGCUGAGCCCCCUGGAGCAGUAUGAACAAAAGGUGAAUGUGUCUAUUGCGAGGGGUUUUCCUUCCCACUCAUCGGAGAUUCAGAGAGACGAGCUGGCACCAGCAGGCACAGGUGUGUCCCGGGAGGCUGUGUCCGGGCUGCUGAUCAUGGGAGCAGGCGGAGGCUCCUUGAUCAUCCUCUCUCUACUCCUGCUACGCAAGAAAAAGCCCUAUGGGGCCAUCAGCCAUGGAGUGGUAGAGGUGGACCCCAUGCUGACCCUGGAGGAGCAGCAGCUCCGGGAACUGCAGCGGCAUGGCUACGAGAACCCCACCUACCGCUUCCUAGAGGAACGCCCCUGAGCCCGGCCCCUUCAUGCCUUCAGCUGAGCCCAUACCUUCCCUCUUCCCCAGGAGCCCCCCGGGAACCCGACUCCCAGCCCAGAAUGGGGGUGGGGUGGGGUCUUGAAAAGCUCAUUUCAUUCCCUGUGUGACGGGGGCUGGAUAUUCUUUCCCCUUUCCAAUUCCAUCUUUGUCCCUAAGAAAUCCCCAGAUAUUCCCAGCUGCCUUCCCACGGGGAGCCCCCUCACCUUAAUUUAUUUUGUAAGUUAAUUUAUUGCACCUUAAAGUAACCACCACCUUGGUCCCAGUAUCUGUUGUUCCCUGGAAUUCACCCUCCCACGUCUCCCCCACUAACAUCCCAAUAAAGUCCUCUUC